AUGCUCACAAUUCUCGCUAUCAGCCUGGAAAGAUAUUUCGCCAUUUGUCACCCUUUGCGAAACUACAGCAUGUUCAGCGGGUCGCGGGUGACCAAAGUCAUUCUAUCCGUGUGGCUUCUGGGCGCCGUUCUCAGUUGUCCGUUUAUAUGGGUUUCGCAACAGGUCUGGAUCCGCUUCCAUGACGGACGCCAGGGAUACGUCUGCGAGAGCCAGUUCAGGAAGCCGUGGCACCACGUCUAUCUCUGCGUAAUGUUUGCUUGCGUCUUCAUUCUGCCCUUGCUUCUGCUGCCGAUAUUCUACGUCAAGAUCAUCUGGACCCUAGUCACACACAAUCUGCAAGGCUCGGCCGAUAGCCGCAAGAACUGCGCCACAAUGCGUUCCAGAAAACAGGUUAUCUACAUUUUAGCCACGGUGAUCGUCAUGUUCUUUGUGUGCGUUAUUCCUUUCCGGGUAUUCACCCUCUGGGUGAUCUUUGGCCUCUCCGAGGACAACAUCCAACUGCCGUUCGAACAUUACCUCAACAUCUUCAACAUCGUCCGACUCCUGACCUACGUGAACAACGCUGGAAACCCGAUCGUCUAUAAUGUCAUCUCUACCAAAUUUCGCGUCGCUUCCUUGUCCGUUUUCCGGCUCUCGUGCGGACCCAAACGGGGAGCGGCCUCCAGCAGGCUCCACCCCUUUGCUCAGCACACGCACCAGCCGAGUGGACCGUCAGUGCGCAGGAGUCAGGCCGGAUCGACCGGCGGACCCACAACGAUGUUUGCGAUGAAGACGCGAAACGGAGCUGGUGGGUCUGUUUCUGAUCCGGGGGACGUCAGAGGCGGACACCCUGCCGGAAUCGGUAGCGGAGGUUCCGGUUCCGGGAAUCGAAUGAGCGGAAGUAUGGUGGUGGUUGACGCUGAAUCUGGUCGUGGUGCUGGUUUCCAUGGUAACAACAGUACCUGUACAACAUGGUUUCAGUAUUCGGUUGAUAUGAACUCUGCUUACGAUACGGACGGAUCUAAAAUCACCUCAACCAUGCUGUAA